CGACUCUCUUCACACAAAUAUCCACAUUAAAAGAAUACACAGAAACUAUCAAACAAAGAAAAAAAAUAUAGAGAGGAGAGAGAGAAAUGACAGUAGAAGAGGUAGGAGAUGAUUACACUAAAGAUGGAACUGUUGACCUUCGUGGUAAUCCUGUUCGAAGAUCCAUUAGAGGUCGAUGGAAAGCUUGUUCCUUCGUUGUCGUCUACGAGGUAUUUGAACGUAUGGCUUAUUACGGGAUAUCAAGCAACCUGGUGAUCUACAUGACUACUAAACUGCACCAAGGAACAGUCAAGUCGUCAAACAAUGUGACUAACUGGGUUGGGACUAGUUGGCUCACUCCCAUCUUAGGUGCUUAUGUCGCAGACGCUCAUCUCGGUCGCUAUAUUACUUUCGUCAUUUCCUGUGCUAUCUAUUUUUCGGGGAUGUUGGUCUUAACAUUAUCAGUAUCUAUACCGGGAAUUAAACCACCAGAAUGUUCAACGGCUAAUGCGGAAGACUGCAAAAAGGCUUCAGUUUUACAGUUAGCAGUUUUCUUUGGAGCAUUAUACACAUUAGCGAUCGGUACGGGCGGUACAAAACCGAACAUUUCCACCAUAGGAGCAGAUCAAUUCGACGUAUUCGACCCAAAAGAGAAAAUUCAAAAACUAUCUUUCUUCAAUUGGUGGAUGUUUAGUAUUUUUUUUGGUACACUCUUCGCAAACACUGUUCUUGUUUAUGUUCAAGAUAACGUGGGAUGGGCCUUGGGAUAUGGACUUCCGACAAUAGGUCUAGCUAUAUCCAUUUCUAUUUUCUUGAUGGGCACUCCGUUUUAUCGUCAUAAACUUCCCACGGGAAGUCCUUUCACGAAGAUGGCUCGAGUCAUUGUGGCUUCACUUCGCAAAGCCAAAGCGCCGACGCCGAUGGCACGUGACCUUACACACUUUCACGAGCUGCCUUCACUGGAAUAUGAGCGGAAAGGCGCCUUUCCGAUCCAGCCCACUCCAAGUCUAAGGUUCUUGGACAGAGCUUCACUCAAAUCAGGAGCAACCCAUAAAUGGAAUCUGUGUACUAUCACAGAAGUUGAAGAAACAAAACAAAUGUUGAGAAUGUUACCUGUGUUGUUCAUAACUUUUGUCCCAAGCAUGAUGAUCGCCCAAAUCAACACUUUGUUUGUCAAACAAGGAACCACUUUAGACCGUAAGGUCACUGGAAAUUUCAGCAUCCCACCAGCGAGUCUAGGCGGCUUCGUCACGCUCUCAAUGCUCAUCUCUAUAGUCAUAUACGAUCGGGUCUUUGUCAAGUUAACUCGAAAAUUCACUGGAAAUCCAAGAGGCGUUACUCUGCUUCAACGAAUGGGAAUUGGUCUUAUCUUCCACAUCCUCAUCAUGAUCAUAGCAUCUGUCACUGAGAGGUAUAGACUCAAUAUCGCUGCUCAACAUGGACUCACACACCAAACUAAAGUAGAGCUACCCUUGACUAUCUUUGCUUUGCUUCCUCAGUUUGUGCUAAUGGGUAUGGCUGAUUCCUUCUUAGAGGUUGCAAAGCUCGAGUUUUUCUACGACCAAGCUCCUGAGAGCAUGAAAAGUCUAGGAACAUCUUAUUCGACAACGAGUUUAGCCGUUGGGAAUUUUAUGAGUAGUUUCUUGCUGUCAACGGUUUCUGAGAUAACGAAAAAGCGAGGAAGGGGAUGGAUUCUGAACAAUCUUAAUGAGUCUAGGUUGGAUUAUUAUUACUUGUUCUUUGCGGCUCUAAAUUUGGUUAACUUCGUCUUGUUCUUGGUCGUGGUUAGGUUUUAUGUUUAUAGAGCUGAGGUUACUGAUUCAGUGGAUGUGAAAGAGGUGGAAAUGAAGGUAAAUGAUGUCAAAGAGAAUGAGUAGUCUAAAAGUAAUAAUAUGAUGAUAUAGUUCUUUCAGUGUAACUUUGUUUGAGACUUAAUACAUUUAAAUUUUUCA